AUGAUUUGCAGAGCUGAGAAAUUGGUAGGGAUGCCUCACAGAACAAGGCCGUUGAUGGGACUGUUACUUUUCACGGGAAUAAACGCGGUGUUGGUGCAGACCAUCACUCCAGUUUAUGACUUUGUCUGCUUCUUGCCUUACUGGGAGAGAAGGAGAGAACAAAUCCGGCAGGAGCGUGGAGCAGCUUCAUUCUCCAAUGGCACAAACUCAACACAUAAAGCUGCUCAAGCAUCUGCUGGAUGA